AUGAGUGGGCCAUGGAUUAGAGGUACACGAUGUGGUGUGGACAACUGUAGGUCUAAAUACUAUAGGUCUGUUGAUGGUAGAAGAAUUUGUCAAUAUGGUCAUGUUAAUGAAGGUCAUAUUGAUUAUAAUGAUGAAGAUGAUGAUAAUUUUGUUGUUACUAGAAGAUUAAACAUCCCACAAAGUCAACCUGGUAUGUCCCAAGGGUCACAAAUCACACCAGGAUUAGAAAGAGAUGAAUCUAAAAGAAGAUUAUUUGGUAGAGCUGCUCGUGAAUUAUAUUUUAAAUGUUUUCAAACUAUAUUAAAGUUACAAAUUAAAUCAUUAAUUAAUGAACAUGGUGUACCUGAAGUUUUCGAAAAAGUUGCUAAAAAUGUCUAUUUACAAUAUUUGAAUGCAUUUUUCAAUACAGAUGAAGCGUUUGAAUCAUUGGGUUAUGAAACAGCAGACUCUCAUGUUACAUCGGAUGAAGAGUCUCAGAAUCCAAAAUUAUUUACUAAGAAAUUACCAAGUCAUAUUGAUACUCUAGCUAUAUGUUACCUUGCUGCUCGCUAUUUACAAUUACCGCUUUAUUUAAAUGAUUUAGUUCAAUGGGCUACGUCAAGAAGAAUACCAUAUAUGAGAGCAAGUCAUGAUUUACCCAAGAAUUUAAGUAGUCGUUUACCAAAUAUCAUGCUGACGCUUCUUGAUCCUGGUAAACCUCCAGUGAAAGGUGAUAUCUGCAACUCGGUGACCACAAUCAUGUCAUCUAUUGAUAUGGAUCUGAAAUUCAAUUAUAAACCAUUAUUGUUUAGAUCAAUUAAAGAAUUGAUCUUAUCACCAGAAAUUUAUUUUGCAGUUUUAAAAUUUAUUGAAUUGAAUGAUAUUAAUUUCAAUUUUGAAAAAUCAUCAAGAUCAGGAUCACAUAAACUAAGGAAUACUGAUUUUAGAAACAAAUCACAAGUGAUUUCAUUUCCAGAAAUCAAAUUAAUUCCAAUCUUAAUAUGUGUAACAAAAUUAUACUUCAGCUCAGCUCAUGAUCGUGAAUAUAGAUUACAAUAUGAUUGGAAAACAUGGUGUGAAACAGUUAACGAUCGGAAAGUGAAUGGUACUUGGUCCGGUGACUCAAAUGAUUUAUUAAGUUCCUUAUUUGUAUCUAAGGAUUCAAUAUCAGAUGUUAUUGAUUGGAAUGAUAAACAAACUAAAGAAUAUUUGGAUUGGUUUACUGAAAGAAUUUUGGAUCAUCCUGAUAAUUCUGAAAUUCCAUUACAUAAAAAGAGAUUAUAUGAUAUUUUCCCUCUCCCAGAAGAAGAGAUUGGAGUCGACAAUGGGAAUGGUGAUGAUCAUGGUGAUGAUAUGGAUAUGGACUUUGAAAACAAUGAGGGUGAAGAGUUGGAUACAUAUGAAGAAGCGUAUCAAAGAAUGAUAACGGCUCCUAUUGAUUUCCCCAUGCCGCUGAAGGAUGAAGAAGCAACUAUCAUUGAGAAUGUUCUUGUUGAAAAUUUGUCAAUGAUGUUUGGUGUUACUGAACACCAAUUAAGAAGCGCUUUGAGAAAAUUCGAAUCCCAGUAUUUCAAGAAAAUGAUGUGA